AUGGGACCCAGAACCCAGAGGUCAUCUCUGUCUCUGAUGAUCUUGCUCUUGCCACCACAGCAUAAAUACACUACCAUGUUACCUUAUGGCUUAUGCUAACACUAAAUCUCUUCACUUUCUAUUUUCCAAUUUACAUUUCUCCUUUUCUCUCUAGAAGCUGCUGCAUCCUCCUUGAGUUGCAAAAUGUGGAGUAUCACCAUUCCUUCACCAUCCCUACUCAAAUCACCACCAUCGCUAAAACCCGGGGCUCUACGCCAAAACUUGGCCUCAAUAUGCCCGGGGAAGGGCGUUUCAAGCUUGUUUGGCUUGAAACCGUGCCCUUGCUUCAGGGCGCGCGCAAUGGCGACCGUGUACAAAGUGAAGCUCAUAACACCGGAAGGCGACCACGAGAUUGAGGCACCGGAUGACCAAUACCUUCUCGAUUCUGCAGAGGCGGCUGGCAUCGAGCUGCCUUACUCAUGCAGGGCCGGCUCGUGCUCGACCUGCGCUGGCAAGCUCGCCUCUGGCUCAGUCGACCAGUCGGAGGGCUCGUUCCUCGACGACAAGCAGAUGGAGGAGGGAUAUGUCCUCACCUGCGUUUCCUAUCCCAAAUCGGAUAGUGUUGUUUAUACUCACAAGGAAGAGGAUCUCCAUUGAUAUCACAUUAUGUUCAUAUUAAUGAGAAUGAUUUAAAACUCAAUUAUUAA